AUUGCGAAAAGGUAUAAAAAAGAGUCGAGUUCGGGAGAUGGUGGAGUAUUUGACUUCAUCUUUCUUCUUAAGAGAACCGUAUUGUUAAUUCAAUCUGCCUCGAGCGAGACGCCGAUUGAUACUUCUAUUCCAACAAAAGAAGUAGGAUUACUGUUUUUAGUAAUAGGACACACCCAAAAAGAAAAUUCUGCAGAAUUUCCAUAA